AGCGGGACGACAGCGAGAAAACCUUCGCGAAUCGUACAACCCUAGCCACGACUCGCAAUGGGUAAAGGCAAAAAGUUUGGCGGCAGGAAAGGCGGAGGCGGCGGCGGCGGCGGGCGCCAACAGCGACAAGAAUACAAAGAACUAAUCAAGUCUAAUCCCAGAUACGAAAGUUAUUAUAAUGAUCAUGGGAUUAUACCUAAGGAUGAGCAAGAAGAGUUCUGGGCUGCUCUGAGACGAGAUCUCCCAAACUCUUUCCGCUUCACUGGUUCAAGAGGUCAUGCGCUUGCAGUGAAAAACCGAUUGAUAGAUAUGCACAUCCCUCAGAUCACCUCUAUCACCUAUGAAGGGAACUUUGUCGAGCCCCCGAAGCCUGUACCGUGGUAUCCAGAUCAGUUAGCAUGGUUCAUGACGACUCCUAAGAACGUCAUCCGUCGAUUCCCGCCCUUCUCGGCCUUUCAAAAGUUCCUGGUGGCGGAAGCAGACGUUGGUAAUAUUACUCGCCAAGAGGUCGUCAGCAUGAUCCCACCUCUGCUUCUCGAUGUUCGGCCUGGUAUGACGGUGUUAGAUAUGUGUGCUGCCCCUGGAAGCAAAUCGACGCAAUUGAUGGAAAUGUUGCAUGCUGGAGAAGAAGAGUCAAUACAGAAAGUUAGAGAGGAAGUCAAGCAGGGCACCUACGAUCCCUCCAAGCUUCCUGAAGGCCUGCAGGACGACGGAAGAUCCACGGGUCUACUCAUUGCUAAUGAUAGCGAUUAUAAACGAGCACACAUGUUGAUUCAUCAGAUGAAGCGACUUAAUUCGCCUAAUCUUCUUGUCACAAACCAUGACGCUACCGGAUACCCGUCCAUCAGGCUUCCUUCCCUUCCUGGAAAAGAGAACAUUAACGUAUAUCUCAAGUUUGAUCGCAUCUUGGCUGACGUUCCAUGCUCUGGAGAUGGCACCAUAAGGAAGAAUCCCAACAUUUGGUCGGACUGGACACCUGGGAAUGCUCUGGGAUUGCAUGCUACCCAAGUGCGUAUUCUUGUCCGUGCUCUUCAGAUGUUGAAGGUCGGUGGACGCGUCGUCUACUCUACCUGUAGCAUGAAUCCCAUAGAAAACGAAGCUGCUGUUGCGUCCGCAAUUGAGCGUUGUGGAGGCUUGGCCAAUGUUGAGAUCAUUGACUGUGCGGCAGAACUGCCCGAAUUGAAGAGGAAGGAGGGGUUGCGGAAAUGGAAAGUCCUGGAUCGUGACGGUCGUAUUUGGAAUAGUUGGGAUGAAGUCGACGAUCAUCGACAACAGAAUGGAGAUACUGGACUAGGCCGGCUGGCAAAGACAAUGUUUCCUCCAUCUGAGGAUCUACCACUGGAACGCUGCAUGCGUGUCUAUCCACAUCUGCAAAACACUGGUGGCUUUUUCAUCACAGUUCUUGAAAAGAAAAGUGAGAUCAGAGCGAAACCAGAAGACAACAAGAAGGUCGUUCCCAAAGCAUCCGUGGCUGCGGUUGUCGAAGAGCUUGAACGGAGAGCGCAGAAUGGUAAUAGCGGACCGCUGGAUAAGAUCGAGAGCCUUGAUGAACUAGUGGCCCCUAUUGAAGGAACUGAUGGAAAAGAUGCAACAGUUGCUGAAGCUUCUAAUCAGCCUCCGUACAGCGUGACCUUAGGUGCAUCGUCUCCUUCCGGAAAGCGUUCAGGGGACCACCUGGAUUAUCAAGUUCCCACAAAGCGAGUUAAGGUGGAAGGCGGCACCGAACUCAUUAUUGGAGACCGCCCAGUCCACUACCCACCUCCACCUGCUGCGGAGAGUCAGGAAGACACCACUUAUGAGCCUAAAGUGAAGGACUUUGCGGAAACUGGUGUAACCCCUAAACGUAAACCGGGGCAGCCAUUUGAAGAGCCAUUCACUUAUAUCGAUGGCAACUUAGACGAAAUCCAAGGAAUAUUUGAUUUCUAUAACAUAUCUGAGCGGUUUCCGCGGGAUCGUUUCAUGGUCAAAAAUGCAGCAGGUACCAUGACGAAGACUAUAUACUACAGCAGCACUCUAGCACGAGAUAUUUUGACAGAAAAUGAGGGCCGUGGAUUAAAAUUUGUCCAUGGAGGCGUGAAGAUGUUUGUCAAACAGGAUGCCCAGCGACCCAAUCAAUGCCAAUGGCGCAUCCAGACUGAUGGUUUGUCCAUAAUCGAGCCAUGGCUCGGCCCUGAGCGUAUCUUGACCUUGACCAAAAAGGAAACCUUACGGAAACUGCUCAUUGAGCUAUUUCCUCGGCUAGACGCGAAGACAUAUCAAAGUCUGGGCGAAAUUGGUGAGCAGACAAAGGAUAUAGAAUUAGGAUGCUGCAUUAUGAGAAUCGAGCCAAGUGAAUCGGAGGACGGAUUAAAGGAACGAAUGGUUCUUCCAUUAUGGCGGUCAAUGUUCUCCGUCAACCUUAUGCUUCCCAAGGAGGAUCGACGUGCUAUGCUUCUCCGUAUUUUUAACGAUGAUACACCGGUACAGCACUCUACGACACCUAGAGGUGUAGCUGUUUCUACAGAGCAGGAAACAGAUAUGCCAAAUCCUCAACCUGACUUGGCAGACCAGACCGCCGAUGUGGUAUCUGGAGCUGUGGAUUCGGAAAUGGCAUACGACGAGAACGAGAAGAAUAUACCGCCUCCUGUCGGCAAAACAGAGGAAGACAUCAUCAAAGUCGAGAAUAUCCUGGCCGGUCAGGAACAGGAGGACCUGAUGUCUACGCGGGAGACGUACCAGCGUGAUGGCGACGAAGAAGACCGCUUCAAUACAACAGUGUAGAUAGUUUGAUGAGUAAAAAGUUUUACUAUCGAUGAAUCAAUUCCGUGUACUAUUACUCGAAUUCCUAUUCCGGACAUCUGCUUUGUAGGCUAUGCAACGAUACGCAUUGGGCGAUCAAUAAUUUCGAUUGUUGUGCUUAUUUUUAUCGGCUCUUCACGUCAUUGAAUUGAAAUUACCUGUCCCGCAAUAACUAGUCCUGUCCAUUAACGCAGAUUCUCAUUGAAGCGAACAGCUAAGCC